CGCUUCGAGCCCUCAAAUGGGUUGACUUCUUUCUCUCUCUUUGAAAUACCCAGAGUCGAGAGAAGCGACCUGACUGGCCUUGCAGAGUUCUGGAGGCCAAGUCGGUUACUUUUCCGUGAGACUCGCUCCUCAUUCGCUCUUUCUCGUCACUCCACCUCGGCGCUCCAUCGCGUCGCGUCGCAUCUUCACGUCGCCGCAUUCACGCACAUUCGAAGAGCCGGUGACUCGCGCCACAGGUCAUUAAAUUCCGGCUUCUACCCAUCGAACGAGCGCUCGUCGUCUCCUUCGCUGGAAGAACCGGGGCCUGCGGAAGGGGCUUGCUUGGUCUCGCAGAGUUCUGGAGACUAAGCAGGUUGCCUGUCAGCGAAACUGAUCCUCUUUGUUUGUGUGUGUGAUGUUGGCUCAUCGAGGUAAGCCCCCUAGCCGCCUUGUUGCUUAUGGAUCUUAGGAAGCCUGCUUCGUCAUGCCUUGAUGUUGACCUGAGCACACCCGCCGUCGUCGAGUGGGAAUGCAAUGAUGAGACGCAUCACUUGGUCAAGCCCGACCCCAAGAUCGACGAUAUCAGGCUAAGAAUUCGCUUCUGUGACGAUACUUCAUGCGCCCUCUUCGAAUUACGAUUUCCUAUGAACCUCAAAGGCAUCAAAGGCGUUUCAGACGUUUUCAUUCCGAUCCAUCCUCCCACAAUCACCUCCCUCGACUUUACCUUUGCCCCGACUGCUCCGAAUGUUGUACAACAGAAGUUCGAUUGCACCACCCUUCGCCUCGACUUCCAAGUCAGCCGAAACCUCGAAGUCCUCGUCCCCCUUUCCGCAAAAGAGCCACUGUCGCCAACCCGGGCACAGUCGGGCAGAGUCCUUGACGCCGUUCGCCUGCUCUCCGAGAUAACUUCCUUUCGCAUCUACAUCGAGGCCACCAAGCUACCCAAAGUCACGCUGCAGUCCAUCAGUGAUGCGAUUCGCCAGGCCCGCCUAAAGCCUCUUCGCCAUCAAGAUGACCUCACGAGCAUGUACCAUGGUACGGGAGCCAAGGCUGUUCAACUCUGCGCUCAAGUCCAAGAUGCUCCACCAUCGUACGAUGAAACCGAGCCACCACCUCCUAUGGCUCCGAUCAACGAGAAGAAGCGUCAUCGAGCCGGAAGCGAAGACGAUGCUACAAGUCAGAUAGCCCUAAUCUGGGCCGAGCUCAAGGCGACCCAAGAGCAAAAUCAGCAACUCCAGCAACGAGUCGCGGCUUUGGAGAAGGACAACCAAGAGCUGAAAAGAGAAGUCGAGCAGUUACAAGCUGAUGACCACAAUACUGCCAAUGUGUUGGAAGAACUCGACAGCAGGCUGCUUGAGUUGCGGGACGACCACGUCGACUUGGGGGACAAGGUUGAUUUCCUCAGGGAACAUGGAGUAGACAGCGAUGCGAUAGAGUCCUUUAUAGAGAAGGUCAAGAGUAAUAUUCUUGACGACAUCUCGACGCGUCUGUCCAGGAGCUGAGCCUGUGUCUCGUUUACAGCCGCUGGGCUGAGAUACACGAAGCGCCCACAACGACGCCGGGCCACACACCGAGAGAUAUGAUGGCGCUCGGCGCGCGUGCUGAGCUCAUGCCGCACCAACCCGCGAACGUGGCUCAAGCUCGCCACUAAGGUGCCCAGGCUUUGGGCGGUUUUGGAUCCUGGGGAUUGUCCUUCCGUCAGAUAGCCAGAGGUUACAUGAUUGAUGAUUUAUUAUAGAAAUGCAGCUACCCAAUAGAUGCCAACUUCCUCCUUGC